GCUUCUUCGUGCGGGGUUCGACUCGUUCCGUGGCAGAAGCGGCGCUGAAUCCGAGAGAGGGUGGAUAUUUUUUUUCGUCCCCCUCGUCUCUCUCUGGCGUUGUUGUCCUCGGUGACGCGACGGAGGUGUAGCCUGACGCGGUCUCUUACGUGUCGGACCGAAUAAAAGUGGAGCUCCGAAGGCCUGCGAGUGACGGGGAGAGUCCGUGUCGGGUUUUCUAAAUGACCAUGGAGGCAGGAGCAGACGUCCAGCAGGGUGGGGACACUGCUGUCUCAGAGACAGAUACUCAGCAGAUUGCCGCUUUGGCACAGGUUUCCAUGGCAGCAGCUCAGGCUUCAGCCAGUGGCCCCACUGUAACCCUGGUGCAGCUGCCCAAUGGUCAGACAGUUCAGGUUCAUGGGGUCAUCCAGGCUGCCCAGCCUUCAGUCAUCCAGUCCCCACAAGUCCAGACAGUACAGAUCUCCACCAUUGCAGAGAGUGAGGACUCCCAGGAAUCAGUGGACAGCGUGACAGAUUCUCAGAAACGGAGGGAAAUCCUCUCCAGACGUCCUUCUUACAGAAAGAUCCUGAACGACCUGUCAUCAGAUGCUCCAGCAGUUCCACGGAUAGAAGAAGAGAAAUCAGAAGAGGACUCUGCUCCGGCCAUAACAACUGUCACUGUGCCAACGCCUAUUUACCAGACGAGCAGUGGCCAGUACAUUGCUAUCACACAGGGUGGGGCCAUCCAGCUGGCUAAUAACGGAACAGAUGGGGUUCAGGGCCUCCAGACACUGACUAUGACCAAUGCGGCUGGCACCCAGCCGGGUACCACCAUUCUGCAGUACGCCCAGACCAGUGAUGGCCAGCAGAUCCUGGUGCCCAGCAACCAGGUGGUUGUGCAAGCUGCUUCAGGGGACGUCCAGGCAUACCAGAUCCGAACUGCAGCUGCCAGCACCAUCGCUCCUGGUGUGGUCAUGGCCUCUUCUCCUGCUCUCUCUGGCCAGGGAGGAGCCGAGGAGGCCACACGCAAAAGAGAAGUGCGCCUCAUGAAGAACAGGGAGGCAGCGCGGGAAUGCCGUCGGAAGAAGAAGGAGUAUGUGAAGUGUCUGGAGAACCGCGUGGCCGUGCUAGAGAAUCAGAACAAAACCCUCAUCGAGGAGCUCAAAGCACUUAAGGACCUUUACUGUCACAAAUCUGAAUAGCUCUGCUGCUCCGCAUCCACACUCAUGAACACAAACGCACGUCCCUGUCUCAGCUGGCAGACAGACAGAGUUCACCCCCAGGUUCUUCAGAGACAGAGACUCUAUCUUGCCUUUCAUAUGUACCUGGGUGGAAAUCUUCUCUUUUUCUAUCUAUCUAUACAUUUUUUAAGAAAAAAAAAACAAUAUUAUUCAUGUGUAAAAGUGGAGAAGGGGAGAGAAAACUACAGUGGAUAUGAGUGACUCUUCAAUCAUUUUUCUUUGUUGUUUCCUGUUUAAAAUAAAAAGAGAAACAAUUCUUUUAAGAAACCAAGUACCUGUCACUUUUCCCCACUUCAAACUCCAGUAAGGCCCGAUGGAAAUCAAGGAGGGCUAAUAUCUGACCAUCAGAAGAAGAGCUAUGGCUGAACAGUCACACGCAACUGUAAAAGCACCCAGCGAGAGCCAUCACGUAGAAAGGAGUCGUCAUGGAAAUCCACUGAUCUGAUUUGACCUUGAUGCUUUCUAGGCUUUCCACUUUGAGAGUUCCUGCGGUGCUCUAGUUUUGAGUGACCACGCCUUCACCAAUCAUGACAUUUAAUGGACAUGUAGAUUGUCUGUUUCAUUGAGUGGGACAAUGAAUGGGUUAAAAUCAACAAAUCAGCAGCUGGUCCCAUUCCCAUUGUUUUACUGCUUCUGUUACACUCGAUCUCUUUUGUUUUUUGUUUAUUCUGUUUUGGAAAUCUGCAAAUCAGUUAUAAAAGAUGUUUUGACAUUUAACUUGCACCUCUGCCUUGUUUUUGUUUUGUUUUUUUCCCUUUGAGAAAUUAGCAGUGUUGCUUUUCUAAUGAGAUAGAAUAUCAGUCUCGAUCUUUGAAUUUUGCGGUUUUGGGUGUACUGUUGCAGAGCACUGAACAUGACUAUUCUAAGCUUUCCAGAGAAUCUUGGAAGCUACAGUCGAUUCCCCUUUUUACAUCUUCAAGCUAGUUAACUAGCAACUUCUUGGACGUUGCAAUGCUAAGACAUGGAUUCACCUAUGCCAGUUUUUCAGAGAACAGUUUACUAAUACCCUUUUAUUCAUGUAGUCACGCUAAGACUGCCGUUGGUGCUUGUACGUGUUAACCCUUUCUUGCUAAGCUGAGGUCAGUAAGGUGGUUUACCGUGUUAAGGCUGGGGUUUGGAUGAGGAAUGACUGAUUGUUAGAUCAGAAAAUAAGAAGCCUGUACCUGAAUCUCAUUGCUGUAAUGAAACACAAUGUUAUGUUAUAUAUUUCUGUCUUCUGCCAUGAAAUGUAGCCAUCUGUAACAAUAUUAUAUGCAUCCUAUUUUUUAAAACUAGCUUUUUUUUUCCACUUGUUUUGUGUAUACAUUGUAUUUUUAAUCAUUACCUGUAUGUAAUAUAACACAGAAAAUGGUCUACUGGAGCAGAUUUUCUUCAAUAAUUACACAUUUGGCAGUUAUUGCUAAUCAAACAUGUGAA